AUGGACGUCCCGCACUCCCUGCCCAACCGCCAGUUCCAUGUCGCUCCCUCCGAGCACUUCAUUCACUCCGUCCACGGCACAUAUCCACGCCUGUGUCGUCUCCCCGAUGGCUCCCUCCUAGCAGGAUACACUACUUUCUCGACCCUUGCAACAGAUGAUACCAACCACACAGUCAACGAACACAUUCUAACCAUCGCCCGCAGCACCGACAACGGACAUUCAUUCUCUCCCUGGGGCGAAGUCGCCCGUUCCGCAGGCGACCUGGACAAUCUCUUCCUGUUACCCCUCCCAAACAGUGAAACUGUCCUUGCAGCCUUCAGAAACCAUGACCUUUCCCCUGAGGACGGCAAGAUGCAUACUUUUUUCCGCAUCACUGUUUGCGAGUCCACUGAUGCAGGUCAAACAUGGCACUUCUUGUCCCAAGCAGCAGAGAAAGAAGCCCCGUUUGGAUUUUGGGAGCCAUUCCUUCGUCUUGGAUCUGAGCCGGGGGAGAUUCAGCUCUAUUUCUCACAGGAGUUUGCCCCUGACGACCAGAACACCAUGCUCACACGGAGCUUUGAUGGAGGAAGGACCUGGUCGACGCCAGUCAUCGUCACUGGUGAAGGGGAAAGACUUCGUGAUGGGAUGGUUGGGUUGGCUAAGACGUGGGAUUGUUUCUAUAUUGGUAAUGGCGACGAGGAGGGUGAAGAAGGGGAGAAAACCCGGCGCGAGGCGUUGGCUUUGGUAAUGGAGACUACUCGGCAUGGCCCAUUUUCCAUCGAAGCAGUAUUAUCCUAUGAUGGGGGACAUACCUUCGGACAUAGACAAGUCGUCUAUGAACCCAGACACGGCAAGCAUGCUGGUGCGCCUCAGAUUGCAUCGUUUGUGGAUGGUUCCGUGGCAGUGGUGUUCAUGACGGAUGAGGAUGGGGAUGGGAGGAGUCAUUGGCCGCAUGGGGCACAGAUUAAGGUUGUUUUCUCUGGGCCGCCGAUCAAUGGCCGGUUUCAUUGGACGAGCCCGAUGGUGGUGGGGGAUUCUCCGAGUUUUUGGCCGGGUAUUAUGAGGGUUGGUGAUCACCAGGUACUGGCAGUUUAUGAAUUGUCGUCGAGUAUUAGGGGCAAAAUACUCUCAGUUACCAGCUGGAUGUAG